AUGUUGGAACCCCAAAGUAUCAAAGCGAUUUCCAUUGAACCUACAAAGGGACAACGUACAGGGCACCCAGUGCUCAACCUGAAUACUAAGAAGAUGAUUUCCCCACCCAAGGUCGUUGUACUACCCGUUACCGAUCAAGUAAUCCAGCGUGUUGAAGCUUGGGCUGCUGCCAAAGGUGUUACUUCCAUGAAGUUCUUUGAUAAGAAGAGAGAUUUGGAGACAUUUCAAGAU